AUGGAUCUUAAUUACCAGUAUAUAUUACACCAUGAUCACAAUUACCAGUAUACAUUACACCAUGAUCACAAUUACCAGUAUAUAUUACACCAUGAUCACAAUUACCAGUAUAUAUUACUCCAUGAUCACAAUUACCAGUAUAUAUCACACCAUGAUCACAAUUACCAGUAUAUAUUACACCAUGAUCACAAUUACCAGUAUAUAUUACUCCAUGAUCACAAUUACCAGUAUAUAUUACACCAUGAUCACAAUUACCAGUAUAUAUUACACCAUGAUCACAAUUACCAGUAUAUAUUACACCAUGAUCUCAAUUACUAUUAA